GUUGUAUAUAAAAAUGAUUAUCAGACGUAAUAGAAAUAGAUAGAAUAGAAAUGUAUUUACUACGGGAUUAAAUUAAAUAAUGGGUCGAAGAUAUGCGUCAGUUAUUGUACAGCAACAAAAUAAGCUAUGCUCUUAAAUAAUAUGUAAUAGAGUCUUUAUUCAAAAUGGGUUGUGUGAGUAGCAAGGACAUAAAUGAUAGGCAUCCAAACAUAUUUCAAGUGACUAAUGUUAAUGAUCAAGGAAGACCUAUAAGCCCUGGAAAAUUACAAGUAACCGAAACUGAACUAGUCUUAUACCAAAGAGGAAAGGAACCUACUAAAUGGCCCUUACGGUCUUUAAGAAAGUAUGGUUUUGACACUGAAGUUUUUAGUUUUGAAUGUGGACGAAGAUGUCCAACUGGACAUGGCAUUUAUGCAUUUCGGUGUAGGAAGGCUGAACAGCUUUUUAACAUAGUACAACAGCAUAUUACAGGCAAUGUUAAUGAUGAGAACAACCCUACGGCCAAUAAUAUUAAUCCAAACGUUGAUUUUCCCAUACCAGCGGUAAGUACGGGGCCUCCUGUUCAACGUAGAAUAGGUUCGGGAUUCCAACCAGACGGUUACUUAAAUCCCGUUACGGUACCUAGUACUGCCCGACCUCACAACAUGUUAAGCAGACCAGGGUCUGUAAGUAGCAAUGGUCCUCUAAGUCCUACAACCACUUCUCCUCCUCCAGAUGCAGCAUUGGAACACAACAACAAUAAAAGAGGAAGCCUAGUUACAGACCCAUCAUACACAAAUACCAGUGCUUUACUGGAGAAUGGAUCUGUAUUGCCUAAUUAUGCCAAUUUAGGAGUAGCGCCUUCAGAAACUGUAGCCGAAAGUUCUUGCCAUGUCUACAUGAAUGUAGAUACAAAAAAUUGUACCAAAGAAAUAACUGUUGCCAAAGAAUUGACUGAUAUACCUGAAAAAGUAAUAGAGACAGAAGAAAAGCAUUGUUAUGUGAACAUCGAUACUAAAGACAUUGAAAAUUUGCGUCCAAUACCUGAUACUCAUUUUGCUAGUGUACCCCCUACCCCCACCAUACCUUAUGGCGAUGUAGAUUACACCCCUGAGUAUAUAACAGUAGGAGAGGUUAACUAUGCUGAGUUAGAUUUAGAUUCGACAAAUAAAAAGACCUUAAUUGGUGCACAACUGGCCCCAGAAAGCCCCAAGGUUGAAAAGAAGAGUUAUGCCACAAUAGAUUUUCAGAAAACUAAUGCUCUCACGCAGUCACGAAAUCCAAGAAUGACGGUGGAAGAAGGUAGUAGGAAAACAAGGCAUAACUCUACGAUCAACUAUAAUAAUUCUUUAAGUGAUUAAGACAUCGAAGAAUUAAAUAUUUUUGUGAUUGUAUUCAAUUAGAAAAAUUCAUAUUACUCAAUAAGUGGCUCCAAUGUAAGUUUUUACACUUUUUAUUUUACCAAAGAUAUAUAGAUACCUAUUUAAAUAAACGUAAUAGUUAUUUUUAUAAAUAAAUAUACAUAGAGUAGAUAUCGCAAAAUAUUGGCAAAAGAAAUAUUUAUUUAAGGUACAUGGUUAAGCCAAGUUUGUUGUUAAAUACAGUAGAACCGCAUAAAUCCGAACCAAUUUACGCCAACCUUUAUUCUACGAGUAAAGAGAAUUUGGAUUACCGUUAAUCCAGAUAUAAUCAAGCUAUCAGUAAAGCUGAUAACAGUCAGAUUAUUGUUGUCUCUAAGUUUACUGAAUUUAUCUUUAUUAUAAUUGAUUAUAGCUAUCAAUUUUUAAUCAAGACAUUUAGUUAAAUAAGCAUAUUUAUUAGAAAUGAACUGGAAUUAAAUUUUAAUUCUACAUAUUUUCUUGAGAAAAAGAGAUUAGAGAUAUUUGCAUUUAGUAUAAAAAUGGUAACUACACAAUUCAGAACAUAAACAUUUUAUCUAUUGUAAUGUGUAAUAAUCGAGGUAAUACUAAUAAUAGUUUACGAAAUUUUGCUGAGCAGUUUACGACUCAUAUUACUUAUCAGUGAAUCACAUUAAGAUAUUAAUAAACUACAUUACAUCAAUCUUUUUUAUUUGGUUUUAUAUAAAGAAAAUAUUUUUUCUGUUUUCAUCAUUUAUAAACUUUACCUUUUUAUAUUAAAAAUAAAUGGAACAUAAUUCAUAAUAAUAGUAAUAGAAUAACAUUUGUAUUUAAUUGAUUUCUGAUUUCUCUUUGCAAAAUGGUAAAAGUAAGAAGUUACGCUCGAUAAUAAACAGUAAAUUAUAAUUUUAUUAUUAAAGGAUAAAUUUUGAACACAUAUUCUUAACUAUAAUCUAAAAUAAUUGACAUACUGAUCCAUUGAAAUAAUUUGUUGAAAGGAAUUUCUCCUGUCUUGAUGUAUCAGAAACAAAUCCUUUGGAUUUUAAUGUUAAUAAUAAAACGUUACAUAAUACAUUUUUUUUAAUUUAGUUUAUCCAAGAGCAUAUCUUUAACAAAUU